AUGUCUAGUGAAAAAUUAAAAACAAUCAAGAUGUACACGAAAGUGCUAGUGAUGUUAAUGGCAGUGUCUCUGAUGCCAAUGGUCCUGUCAAGAUCGAGGAGGUACUCGAAGUCGCAGGGCAAUUCAUUGUACAAGAUCAGAUGUGAUCUUAAGUGUAUCGAUUUAGAGAAAGAGGAUAAACCUAUAUGCAAAACACAAUGCCGUUUGAACGAGAAUAAACCAGGGACGUGUCCAAUAUCUGACUCGCCGAAGUGGGAGGCUGCUUGUGUGGAAGCAUGCAACGCGACUCACAAUGCGAUGGUACGCAACGAUGCUGCCGCCAUUCCUGUGGGUCCACUUGCAGCGAGCCUACAGAUCUUCUGACUAUACCAGGUCUCCCAGCAUUACCCACAAUUGAGGAGCCUAAAGAGAAAAAGAGGUCUGUGGUGAUCAGAUGGUCAGAUGGAGUGGGGGAUGCAGCAAGAGCGGUUCCUGGACCUGUCUUCUACGUGCUAGAGGAACAACACCAUCUGGGACCGAAGUACGAAGAGAUGAGACUUGGAGAAUGGAAUUUACUAUUGAGAACGAAUAAAACCAAGGUAUCUUUACGAAAUGCCCUGAAACCGGGUCGUUGGUACCGGUUCCGAGUGGCAGCCGUAAGUUCUGAAGGCACGAGAGGAUUUUCAGCUCCCAGUUCUCCGUUCACACCUCGACGAGGACCACGCCCACCUCCAUCCCCGAAGAAGCUGAAAGUGCGUCCUGUAAGAGAGAAUAAUGGCACUGUCACUGUGAGAUUGGAAUGGAAGGAGCCACACUCAGACCUGCCAGUGCUGCGAUACAAGGUCUUCUGGAGUAGACGUGUUAAAGGCUUGGGAGGAGAACUAGACUCAGUGCUGGUCAACCAUCAAACGGUGCCCAAGGACCAAAAUUACAUUGAAAUCAAGGAUUUGCAGCCAAAUUCGAUGUACUUCUUACAAGUGCAAACGAUCAGUCAGUUUGGUCUUGGUAAACUUCGCAGUGACAAAGCGUCAAUAUUCUACAACACUACUUCAACGGGUCGCUUUGAGUCACCUCCAGAACCGCUUCAAAAACGUGACAGUAAAAAGAUAAGAGGUCUCAGCUUACAAAAAAUUGUAUGGUACAAUGGAAAAAUAAAGGCUAGAAUCGCCUGGCAGCCUCUCCCUAGUGUUUACGAGCAACCCGGAAGGUAUUACGUUCAUUGGAAAGCCAUUAAGUGCCACAAUCCCAAAAAGAUACGCAGAGAAGGGUUAACUGCCAUUACUGAGGAUACGACCUUUGAACUAUAUGAGUUGAACUACCGGUGUAUUUAUAAGGUAAAUGUCAAUUCAACGCCACGUCUCAAAUCGCCAGAUUCGGAACUUACUGUGACUGUUCCUGGGUGUGAAUAUUUUAAAAGAAGAGUCGGUAAUACCACAGUAGUGAACUGUGACGAACAUAAUUAA